UGGCCAGGACUUCUCUGGAUAUCUUAUGAAUUUCUUUUUGUUCCUCUUUUGUGUUGUGAGUGAUCGCUGAAAAAAGACGGCAUCAAAACGGUCACCAGUACCUGUGUCCUAUCCUAAUCCUUGUCCCCGGUGACGACCAUCGUUGUCACCUUGUCAACACAAACACAGAUGGACAACGCGGGGAUGAAAAGAGGAAUUGUGAUAAAGGAUGACUGGCAAGGUUACAGUCUGGACCUCUUCACCUACCCAGAACACUACCACGGAGACAUAGAGAGUGUUUACAUUCCACAUGGGGUAAUCAUGAACAGGAUAGAGCGUCUGGCCCACUAUAUCAUGGAUGACUUUGGGGACAACAACAUAAUGGUGCUGUGCGUCCUGAAGGGAGGCUACAAGUUCUGUGCAGAUCUUGUGGAGUUCAUUAAAGUUCUUGGCCGCAACUCCACCAAGUACCUGGAGACCCGGGUGGAGUUCAUCCGUCUGAAGAGCUACCUGAAUGACCAGUCAACAGAGGACCUGCACAUCAUAGGAAGCAGAGACCUGUCUUUUCUGCACGGAAAGUGUGUGCUCAUUGUUGAGGCCAUAGUCGACACAGGAAAGACCAUGAAGGCCCUUCUGAAGCAUGUGGAGACCUUUGAACCCAAGAUGGUCAAGGUCGCAGGUCUGCUGGUGAAGAGGGUCCCUAACAUGGCUGAAAAUCUGACAGACUAUGUUGGAUUUGAAAUCCCCAACCACUUUGUUGUUGGAUAUGCCCUGGACUACAAUGAAUACUUCCGUGACCUGAAUCAUAUCUGCGUCAUCAGCAAGACUGGAAAGAUGAAGUACAAGAUGGACACGAACAAAGAAAUGGAUAAAUGAAAGAAAGAAGCGCUGCGCACUAGGAAAGGACGUUGGUGACAGAUGGAGUGAGCUUAUGGACUCUGGCAUCCUCGUGCCCGGAUGACGCCCACUCUGACUCAUGGAAAACACACAGUGGGUGCAGCAGGCAGGCCGAACAGCGUCUCCACGCCGCGCUGUAUCUGUUUGUUUCCGACUUUAAACAGACCUUACUGGAGAUUAGAAAUAAAUACAUGAGGAUUCACCCAUUGUUAUGGCGAAACCAUAAUUUGUUAUGUGUUAUUUGUUAUACUUACAGUAUAUUCUGAAAUCCAAUCUCAUGGUUUAUACAGCAUUCAGUCACUAAAACAGAUAUUUAACAACAACUUUUAUCCGUAGAUUCU